CCCCGCCAAAAGUGGUCUGUUCCAUUACGUCACCGCAGAUCCGCAUAUCGGACGAUUUUAUUUUUGCUGGACGCCAUCUUUUUUUUGCAUUCGAACCGCAAGUUUGUGAGCUUUUUGUUGGUAUUUUCGUCGUUUCUGUCGGCUAUGGACGGCGAGGUACCGCAGUUCUACGUGGAAGAGGUAUCUGAGAGAGAUCUUGAAGCGUUGUUGAGGCCCUGGGAGGCCGAAACAGAACCUGAACAGCAGCCAGAACCUGAAGGCGCAGCGGAGAACACCACUGCCCGCUUCGCGACUUUAGAUGGAGAACAACUGGACGAGAUAGAAGGGGGAAGGGUGGAGAAAACCACCGAGAAGUCUACUAGGUGGGGCGUCAAGAUUUUCAAAGCAUGGCUGCAGGCAAGAGACAAAAACACUGAAUUUGAGGAGCUGCCGGAAACAGAGUUGUCACAACUACUAAGGCAGUUCUACGCUGAAGUACGAAAAGACGACGGUACACCUUAUUCAAAGGUUCAAUAACUGUGGACAGGUACAUUUCAAUGGACCAGUCAGCUUUAACUUCAAGUAACUCAUGUAGCAGGGCAGAGUUUGGGGGGAGGGGGGCUGGUCACCAUAUACUUGCUGUAUAUGAAUGUGUUUAGGUAACAAUAAACAGAGCAGAUUAGAAAUUUCUAGUUUGUAUUGCAAAUAAGCCACAUGUUGAUGCUGUUAUUCUAUCUCUCAAACGGAUGAUGAGAAAUUUCUAGUUUGUAUUGCAAAUAAGCCACAUGUUGAUGAUAUUCUAUCUCACAAACGAACGAUGAGAAAUUUCUAGUUUGUAUUGCAAAUAAGCCACAUGUUGAUGAUAUUCUAUCUCACAAACGAACGAUGAGAAAUUUCUAGUUUGUAUUGCAAAUAAGCCACAUGUUGAUGAUAUUCUAUCUCACAAACGGACGAUGAGAUUAGUUAAAAUGCGCGGUUAAAUGGUGAUGAUGAAAUGGUUUAAUAGUUUGUAUAUAUACACUAUUGUACAAUAUAUAUAUGAUUGUAAAUGUAGUUUUAUGUAUAUUGUAUUAAAGUGUUUAUUCGUUAUAAAGGAAUUUGUGUGAAAUAACUGU